CCAAAGGCGUGUACUUCUGACAAAAUGGCUACCGAUUAUGACGAGCCAAUAUCAGAGCAGGAAAAGGUUCGAAUUGUUUCUGAUUUCGUACUGCACGCUCCACCUGGGGAAUUUAAUGAAGUUUUUAAUGAUGUGCGACUUCUUUUGAAUAAUGACACCCUCCUUAAGGAAGGAGCAUCUGGUGCAUUUGCUCAAUAUAACAAAGAUCAGCUUACUCCCGUGAGAAUAGAUGGUUCGAAAUAUACAGGUUUAGUUACAGAAUACAAUGAUUUGGGAAAUAGUCACUAUUUUGAUCCUCGAAGUCAACAGUCUUUUAAAUAUGAUCACCUAAGAAAAGAAGCCACAGAGUUCCAGUCUUAUGAACCUGAUCAGGCUGCUGAGUCUUGGCGGUCAGCAUUAGAGAAUACUUGGACUCGUUACACAGAGGACCACUACAGGCAUGGCAAUUGUUCUGUCUUUGGCCAUAGCCAUGGUGGUAACAUUACCCUUGUUGCUUGUAUUGAGGACCAUCAGUUCCAACCUAAAAACUAUUGGAAUGGGCGCUGGCGCUCAGUCUGGACAGUUACAUUUCCUCCAGGAGCUGGAACAGUUGAAUUACAAGGACUAGUAAAAGUACAGGUUCAUUACUAUGAAGAUGGUAACGUCCAGUUAGUUAGUUCUAAAGAUAUAAAAGAGUCAUUAACUGUUUCAACUGAGCAACAAACUGCAAAAGAAUUUGUUCAGAUUGUAGAAGAUGCAGAAAAUGAAUACCAAACAGCAAUUUCCGAGAACUACCAGACAAUGUCUGACACUACAUUCAAAGCCCUCCGUCGCCAACUUCCAGUCACACGCACCAAGAUUGACUGGAACAAGAUUCUUAGUUACAGAAUUGGCUCUGAACUGAAACAUCAUUAAUUUUGUUGGAUGUGCCUCAAAAUGCAAGAUUGUUAUUAAUCUAGCUCCCUCUUGUGGCACUCCCUACAAUGUUUGCUGCAGUUGCCACUACUGAAACGUUCCAUAGCUGGUCAUAUAAGAACUAUGUGUAUGAUAAAUGCCAAAAUUUGUAAGAUUUUAAGGCUACUUAUACAUUAGAACUAUCAGUGACAAGGAGGUUUGCAGGGGUUGGAAAUUUCAAAAUUAAAUAUGGUGUUGAGUUUGGUUUCAAGGUAUAAUUUAUGUUUCCCAUAAAGAAUUAUGAACCCUUUUUUUCUAUUUUUAUCAAUCUAAAAUUUCUUUUUGGAGCAUUUCUUUGAAAAGUUAGUAUGUAAGUGUGGUAAUUAUGUUACAUUUAGCUAGGUUAUAUGACACAGUAUGUAGAGAGAUGGCUACAUCUUAUUUGCAAACAAAGUCCUUUUCAUUGUGCCUUAGCACGUCUCAUGUUCUGUAGAGAACAGAUGCUGUUGGUGCACUUGACGUUUACCUGAACCUAAAACUGGAAGUAUGUGUUAUAAAAUUGUUAAACACAAUAUUAUUGACAGAAUCAAUAGUUAAUGUAAAAAUUAAAGUCAAAAUAAAUAAAUAUAAGAAAAUGUAGAAUUACUUAGUUAUAUUGAAUUCUUUACCAGGUGGGGAAAUUCUGUGUGUGUGACUUUGUAAGUUGAAGUAAAACUUGAUUUAUUAAGGUCUGUCAGUUUUUAUUGAUAUCAGCUAACAGAAAACAGUUAUAUAUAAAACAUUAAAGAAAAUUAUAAAUUUUGCUUAUGUAGGACUCGCUGCAGUCAUUGGUGCUAAACACUGAAGAAAUCUAGCUCUUAUCAUUCUCAGCAUCUUUAUUACAUUUGUUCCUUUUGUUCAAUAAUGUCUUAUUUUCUUUAAAAAAAAGUACUUGUUUAAUUAUUUGUGUAACUUCAAAAUUUGGUAUUAAUUCUGUGUUUUCUAGAACUGUAUAUAAAAAUUAUUCCUUUAUUAAAAUGUACAUACGCUGGACUUCCUCUGUAUGUAACUGGAUAUGAAUUAUUCUUCACAAACAAAUGAAUUUCAUAACUCACUCAGUAUAUCUAUCUGGAAAUAGAAGUGUGACCUUUCUGUUGUUGCAUGUUUUUCUUAUUUCAUUUUUCAAUUAUAGGGAGAUGGCUAGUAAACUUUGUGUGUUUAUUUCAUUUGAGUUUCAAGGGUAAGCUCAGAGAUUUAUGAUAAUUUGUAUCCGUAGAGUUUUUACUAUAGGCAGUUAUUUACCUAAACCCCAGGGUAAAUUUCUCUUUCUGUUUGAUUGUUCUACACUUCUUCUGUGCUUAGAUAAAGAUAAUGCACUCAUAAUUAUGGGCAUUGACUUUAUAUAUGUUAUGACAACUCAGAAAAGUAGUUUGUGGCUGGUUGGAACUGUAGUGCAAACAUGUUAUUCACCUUUAACAUAAGAAUCAAAAUAUAUUUUCACGACAAGGGUAUGAUAAUUCUGUUUAUAUUUUGAAUUUUACUUUUGAUGCUUUGGUAAUGGCUAGAUUACUUUUUUUGUUGUUUUUACCUAGGGUACCAUUUAAAACUAGAGAUAUGUUGGAUUUGUUUUUUUGUUUUUUUUAUUUCAAUAUUUUAUUGGGAACUGGAGGUCCAAACUUAUCUUACAAAAUGUGAUCAUAAAUGAGAUAUGGUACCCUACAUUGUGGCUUGUAUAUUUCUUAAAUCAGAAACAUUAGACUGGAUCAUUUCUGUCAGAAUAUUUGACCAAAUAAAUGCAAAUAAAAGAACAUUAUUUAAAUAAUAUAAGUAAAGUUAUUAUGGGCUCCUUUCAAUGAUAUAAAAUGUAAUUUUCUAAUAGUGUAUCAAUCCAGUAAUGGUCGUUGAGAAACAUAUAAGCCAAAUACAUGGAUUUAUUAUAACAGUUUUCUGUAGUACAUGUUUGUUUUUCAAUAAUUUUGUGUUAUUUUUAGUGCACUAGAUAAUUGCAAGCUCUUGGUAUUUUAUUAUGUCUGCAGGGUCAAGUUUGUUACAUUUCUAACUCAAAGUUUCAGUGUAAAUUGCGUAUGUAGGACUUAAGUGUACAACAGAAAAGUAAUGAUUUUCACUAAAAUAUUGAUGGUGAUACAUAAUGAGCUUAAUAUUAUUGAAGUAUUAUGUAUUGUUUCGAAGGUCUUGUCCAAACAGUAAACUACAGAAAAAAAGUUGAUUAUGGUACCAAGUAGCAUUUGAUGUUUAAAAGUUCUGUUUCUUCAGUGUAAAGAUUUUUUUUUUUUAAGUAUGCUUUGUAAGCAAAACAUUGGUAAUUUAGUGGCAUCUUUCAAAUUAGCGUUCUUUUAACUUGAAAAUCUGCAUAUAUUCCUAGAAUUAGUGGAGGUAUAAUAGUGAAAGGCAUUAAACUAAAUCUAGUAAUGUAUUUCUGGUAAGAGCAUUUUUGAUGCAGACUUGAUUUUUUUUGUAACUGUGCUCCAAGGGGGAGGGAGAUAAUGGUAACACAUUUUGGAAUGUAAUUAAUAAAAAUAAGAAAAAGUUAUAUGCUUUCUUAGUGUAAUAUUAAUAAGCCCUGUAAUUUACUCUUGCACAGAUUGUUAUGCAUUUAGAAUGUCUAAGAAAUUUUGUCAUUGCCUAGAGCAAAUCAAGGUAUAUGUUUAUUUAAAAUGUGGUGACAAACUAAUGAGGUUUUGCUUACUUCUAUAGAAUUUUUUUUGUGAUUUGAAAAAUGAUAUCAGUGGUAUAACUUGUAAAGGAAUGUAGAAAAAAUGUUACAAGAGAUAGAAUUAUAAAUAAUAAGUUGAAGGAUGUUUUUGUAACCAUUUUGCAUUAAUGUAGGUAGGUUUCUUUCUGCUUUAGUACUUCCCCCUUAUUUUGGUUGAUUACAUUUCUAUGUUGAAUUAAAUAAUUUGAUAGUAAUUGCUUUUGAAACCCAUUUUGUUCUACCACAAAGCAAUCCGGUGGUUGGUCAUUUAUUGUACAAGAAAUGUUUGCUGUUUGGAAAUGGGUCGUUGAAUAAAAAAAAAGAUGAAGGUUA